GUCUGCCAGCUUGGGAAAGCAGAAGGAAAUCUUUCAUUUCAGUUUGUUUUCACAAGGUUUGUUAGCAGAAAUGCAAGAUUUCUUUCAGCCGAACGUCGUUUGUGGUCUUCUCUUUCUUUUUGGUCCAUGAGAUGGCUGGAGAUAUAGUUUAUGCUGAUAUCAAGAUUUCCCCUUUAGAACAGUCCUCUACACUUCAGAAACCUGAGUCUCACCAUCAUGGAAUUUUUCUGAAAGCUGGAUGUGCAAUGAUCAUCAUCCUGUUGUUGAUAGUAAUUUUGCUGAGCAUUUUUGUUAUCCAGUUCAACUAUGCAAGACAUAAUGAAGUGAAUAAUGAGUCAGUAAAGAAAAACAGUACUGCAAAAAACAGCUCUAAAAUAAUCAUCUCAACGGCUUCUUCCAAUUCUUCCAUUGUCCAUCAAUUAUGCCCCUCCAAAGACUGGAUAUCACAUGGCGGGAAAUGUUAUUGGAUUGCUAAAAAUACGCAGUCUUGGAGCAAAAGUCAAGAUGACUGUGCCAUGAAAAAUUCACAUCUCUUUGUGAUUCAAGAUGUCAUUGAUAUGAGUUUCCUAUGGAGGCACUUAAAAAGUUCAAUCUCUUAUUGGAUUGGCUUGACAUAUCCAUCUGGAGGGAAUUCAUGGAUCUGGGUGGACAACAGCUCAUUUAACGAAAAUAUAUUUUCAGUAAAACAAAGACAAGCAUGGACCCGGAGCAUGAACUGUGCCACAGUGUCUCGAUCUGAGAUUAAAGCAGAAAAAUGUGAUGAUAAAAAUCAAUGGAUUUGUGAACUGUAAUACACUCUGCAGAAAAUCAGUCUUCAUUUUUGUUACUGACAGACCCCAAAUGUAGUUUGAGUUCAUAUCACAGAAAAGUCUAGAGGAUUUUGUGUCCUGGAAGGCUGUGUGUGUGUUCAUUUAUGAUGUGUAUACGUAAUGCUGCCUCUCAGAGGUGUGCAAAAGGUGAUAGAAGAAAUAAAAUGUUAUAGAAAAUGAGAA